AUGGCAGCCAGAAUUGCGAGCUUCCUUGGUCUUUCCAGCGUCGUCUGUCUCAGUCUGGCAAAUGCGAUUGUCGCCCGCGACACCAUCUCCCGCGAUGUGAUCAUUCUUGGCGGUGGCAGCUCGGGGACAUAUGCCGCGAUUCGUCUCAAGGAUCAAGGCAAGACCGUCGCCGUUGUUGAACGCAACGACUAUCUGGGCGGUCACGGCGAAACCUACUACACUGAAGACAAUACGCCUCUUAACUUUGGUGUGGAAGGAUUCUUCAACACGACCGUGACUCGCAACUAUCUCGAGCGGCUUCAAGUGCCCUAUGGGCGCCGCAACCCUGCUCCCGCGCACGAGGACUACCUAAACCUCAACACGGGGCAAAGGACAGAAUACCCGGCAGGCCAGCUCCAGGACAGGGAAGCAUUCGCGAAAUGGGUCGAUGCCAUCUCUCAGUUUGGCUUCCUGGACGACGGUGUCUAUCGAAUCCCAGAACCGGUGCCAGAGGAUCUCAUCAGUCCUUUCGCGGACUUCGUAAAGAAGUACCAUCUCGAGGAUGCCGUGUAUGCCAUCUUCUCUCACACUUCCGGCGAUGUCUUGGACAUGAUCACCCUCUACGUCAUCCAAUAUAUCGGGGUCCCCCACGCCGCCGCCUUGAACGAGGGCUACGUCCGUCCCAUCGAAGGUAUCGCUGCUCUGUACAAGAGCGCCGGCAAAGAACUCGGCAGCGACGUCCUCUUGGAAACGACUCCCGAGUCCAUUCAGCGCUCUGAGGAUGGCGUCGAAGUCACCGUGCGCAGUGCCGACGGGACUACAACGCUCCUUAAGGGCAAGCAACUGCUAGUCACCAUUCCGCCCCUCUUAGACAAUCUGCACGGCUUCCCGCUAAGCGAACAAGAAUCCCACAUCUUCUCCAAAUGGCAGUAUCACCAAUACUGGGCCGCGCUCAUCAACGACACCGGUCUCCCCAACGACGUGAACCUGGUCAACGUUGACACGGAGCGCCCGUAUGGUGUCCCCGAGGAACCAUUCAUCUGGCGCCUGGAUACCCACUGGGCUCCUGGCUACCACAACAUCAAGCUAGUCGGUGGGUCCGAGUUCGGAGAGGCCGAGGCGAAGGCAUACAUGUAUGAGAAGCUCGAGCGUCUCCAUGCCGAGGGAACAUACUCUACGCACAAGCCUGAGAUCGUCAAGUUUGCAAGCCACACCCCUGUUACCAUGUUCGUUUCGGCGGAGGAAAUCCGCGGAGGGUUCUAUCGGCAGCUGUAUGAGCUCCAGGGGCAGAACAGCACAUUCUGGACGGGCGCUACUUGGGCGUCGGAUUACUCGACCUUGCUUUGGGGGUAUACGGAUGAGGUUCUCGAGCAGAUGGCUUCUUCCUAG